GCAGCAGACAGCUUAGACAUGAACACAUUAACAACUUUCUCAGCAACUUUUCAGGUGUUUGUUUGAGAGAUACGAUCAGUGAAACGUACUGUCAAGUAAGUUAUUGUCAUUAGCUGUGGCAGAUGUUCGACAGGUAACGUUGUCAUAGUUUAAAAAACUAAAAUAACGAGCGUUAAUGAAGGUUAAGUUGAUCAUUUAGCUAGCAGGCUAACUAAGCUGCUACUUAGUUCACUUCGCGUGGACAGGCUAAAGAAGCUGUGCUAUCAUGACGGGAACAACAUGAACGUUUGCUGCUAACCGACAUUUACAACCGUUUGCCAACUUAACGCUCGUCAAGUUGUUCACGACCAUGUCCGGGGAGCGAGCGCCUUUGCCAGCCGGGGGGAACGGCCUACUCCGCGGGAGUCGCACGAGAUCUUACGGUAGUUUGGUCCGGUCUCCGGUUCUCCAGAGACGCAUUGAACACAACAUUCAGCCUGGAGAAACACUUCAAGGCCUGGCCCUCAAAUAUGGAGUGUCUAUGGAGCAAAUCAAAAGAGCAAACAGGCUGUACACGAAUGACUCUAUAUUCCUGAAGAGGUCAUUGUCCAUCCCCGUGGUGUCGGACUUCUGCAGUAACGGGGUGGAUUCGGUUGAAGAUGACAAUACUGGCUGUGCCUCUGCUCAACAUGAGCCCACGGGGAGCUCCUCUGAGAGGAAGCAAAAUGAUAGCAAAGAAAGUGCUUCAGACCUUACUCCCGUGGAUUUUUUGAAAAGGUUGGAUGACCUGAUUAGUCAGUCAAAGCAGGCUGCUGUCAAAGGAUGCCAGGAAGCAGAGAAAAGGGUUGCCUCCCUAGAAGCAGCGUGCACCAGCGGGACAUCAGACUGGCGGCCGCUUACAAGGUCGCAGAGUGUCUGUUUAUCCUCCAGAAUGCAGCAGGCUUCACAUGUGGCAGUACCCCUAACUAUCACAAAACUCACCAAGAAGCUGAGAGACAGGGAAGAUGAAAUCUUCCAGCUGUGACAUGUUAUUCCUGCUGUCUCACUCUGAUCAUUAAAGAAGGAACUUCCCCAGAGAGCCACGUUGCAGGAUGAUUACAGAUAAAGGAAUAUAUCUCCAGCGAUCCUGCUGCUGUAUGGACUUAAAGUCUUUUCAUAUCGCCAAUUAAUACAGCGCUUAUAAUGAGAAGUAACUCUGUAUUUUAACAGUUGUUUGUGUAGCCUUCUUAUUUAUUUGUUGAGACAUACUGUAGAUUAUGAAAAGCCUUUUAUGGCCCAAAACUGUGUUUGGCCUGUUUUCAAAGGCUGGAAACAAGCGUGAAAUUAAAAAAAUGAGAAUCUGCAGUCACGAGUUGGUGUAGUCACAAGACUCAUGAACUGUGUGUUAUGCUACCUCACAAGCCUUUAGCCAUAUGUAUCACGUUCCCUGUAAUACUGAGAGCCACAGUCUGUUACUGCUGUUCCUGUUUAACUAGUCUCAUGUAGCAGAGACUUACCUUUUAGACUAUAUUAACGGCAAUCUUUUAUUUUAUUUUUUUGUAUGUGCAUAUUUAUUUAUUAUUUCAUCUCAGUUUUGCAUAGUUCAUUCUAGAAUUAAAUAUUUUUUGAUCCAG